AUGUCCAAGGGCAGCAAGUACCUGCUGGUGUCGCUGCCGACGUCCAUCUCGCCCUCGAAUCAUGCCGAGGAUGCUCUCACAGCUCUUCGGUCCACGGUAACCAAUGACGUGGGGACCACCUCGCCGUUCGCGAUACCCAACUUCAAGAUCGGAACUCUGGAUGCACUGGUGCAACAGGCGGAUGACCUUGCCAAGCUUAGUAAUGCGUGUGAGGGUGUUGUCGGAAAGGUCGGAGAGAGCCUACGGCAGAUACUAGACGGCGACGAGGGCAAGAUACAGCAGCAGAAGACGAUAAACGAUAAGCCUGUCGACCAGUACCUGCGAAACUUCCAGUGGAACAAGGUCAAGUACCGGGCGGACAAGCCCAUCGCAGACCUCAUAGAUGCAUUACAGAAGGAGAUUCAAGGCAUCGACAACGACGUAAAGUCCAAGUUUAGCCAGUACAACCAGACCAAAGGCGCCCUCGCAGCCGCAGAGCGGAAGCGCACCGGAAACCUCUCAACCAAAUCCCUCGUCAAUGUCGUAAACCCAAAGGCGCUGAUCCGCGACUCGGAAUACCUCGAUACCCACCUCAUUGCCGUACCCAACACGGUCGUAAAAGACUUUUACCAGCAAUACGAGGAGCUGUGUCCCAUGGUCGUUCCGCGGUCUGCCAACAAGCUCGCCGAAGACGACGAAUUCACCCUCUUCGCCGUUACAACAUUCAAAAAGCACUCGCCCGAGUUUGUGCACAAGUGCAGGGAGAAGAGGUGGACGCCGAGAGACUACCAAUACAAGGAGGGAGGAAAGGAAGAGGAGGCCAAAGAGGCAGAUCAGCUGGCAAAGGAUGAGCGGAAGCUCUGGGGCGAGGCGCUGCGGCUGGGUCGGACGGGGUACAGCGAGAGUGCCAUGAUCUGGAUUCAUGCGCUGGCCCUAAGAGUGUUUGUGGAGACGGUGCUGCGAUACGGUCUGCCGCUUGACUUUGUAUGCGGUAUAGUUCAGACUACCCCCAAACAAGCAAAGACGGCAAAGACGAAUCUCGACACGGCCUACUCAUACCUUGGUGGCAAUGCCUUUGGUCGUGACAGCAAAGGUCGUAUCAAGAAGGAUGACGCGGCCAUGUCGAACGACAUGCAACAAGCUGGGCACAUGGGUGAUCAAGAGUAUACCGCAUACGUCUAUUACGAGUUUGAAGUCCUAUAG